AUGAGCCGUAGUUAUUUAGAUCCACAGGUUGUUUUUCCUUCUUCGCUAUUCAAUCCGGUGUCUUUAUGAGUGUGGGAUGUGCUUAUCCUCGUCUUUACGGUAAAAUUUUCUCCGUUAUAAUGUUGUGUUUUGUUGUUAGUGUUGAAUAAUCGCGUGUUAAAGUGUGCGAAUAACAAAAAGACACCAUGGGGGUCGGUUUACCUCCUUUGGAAUUCACCGAAUGCAUGACAGACAGUCCUUAUUUUCGAGAAAAUCUACACAAACACGAACGCGAAUUAGAAAAAACUAGUCAACAAAUCAAGAGGAUCAUCAAAGAAGUCAAGGAUGUUCUAAACUCGGCUAAACAGUUGAGCAGCGCUCAGAGGUCCUUCGCGGAUUGUCUUCAAGCAUUCACUUUUGAAUGUAUCGGAGGUGCUCAAACUGACGACGAGCAAGUCAUAUGCAAAUCGCUGAAGGAAUUUGGGCAUUUAAUCAAUUCGAUCGAAGACGAGAGAGAUCGCAUGCUAGAGAAUGUCUACUCGCACGUGGUGAAACCCCUAGAAGACUUUCGCAAGAAAUACAUCGGCGGAGUGAAAAACGAAAAGAAAAAAUUCGAGAAGCAGACCGCUAAAUUCUGUCAGUGCCAAGAGAGAUAUUUAAAUCUCACGACGAAAAAACCAAACUCGCUUCAAGAGGCCGACGCUUCUGUGGAUAUGGCAGAACGCCAUUUCUUCACGGCCAGUAUGGAAUAUGUGUAUCUGAUUCAAGAAGUACAUGAACGAAAAAAGUUCGAGUUUGUAGAGACACUUUUGACGUUCCUUUUCGGAUGGCUUACUUUCUAUCAUCAGGGACAUGAAGUAGCCAAGGAUUUUCGUCCCUAUACGAUCGACUUGCAACAUAAAAUACAAAAAACACGCGCGAAUUUUGAUGACUACAGCAACAAAUUGCGUAAACGAAUGGCCGACGUUCAACACUCUGAAAAACCAGUCAAAAAAAAUAAAGGUUGUAGAGAGGGUUACCUCUUCCUUUUGGAGAAAAAGGCUUUUGGUACCACAUGGACCAAACAUUUUUGCACAUAUGACAAAGAAACUAAAGAGUUUACUAUGUUACCUUAUAAUCAGCUAACAACCAAAUCGAUUUCGCCACCUGAAACUAUGGUUUUGACGUCUUGUGUUAGGCGAAUGUCUGAUUCCAUAGACAAGAGAUUCUGUUUUGAUAUUCAAUUUAAUUCAAAACCUGGUGUUAUUCUAACUUUUCAGGCACUGUCGGAACAAGACAGGAAAGCUUGGUUGGAUAUUAUGGAUGGCAAAGAACCGACUUAUACGACUCCAGGUGUAAACAAAGCGCAAAAUUCGGAAGAAAGACUCUUAGACGAUUUAGGAAUUCAGUUUGUGAAAAAGUGUAUAGAAGUUCUGGAAAGUCGUGGUUUAGAAGAGCAAGGCAUUUAUCGCGUUGUCGGUGUAACUUCAAAAGUAAACAAAUUGCUAAACAUGGGUUUGGAUCGGAGGAAAUGUGAUAAAUUAUCCCUCGAUGAUCCCCAAGAAUGGGAAACUAAAACCAUAACGAGUGCUUUGAAAAGUUACUUACGGAACCUUCCGGAACCACUCAUGACUUACAAAUACCAUAACGGAUUUAUAGCGGCAGUUAAAAAUGAGACUCGCCAAAUGAGGAUACACGACGUGCACACUCUAAUCCAUAGGUUACCAAAAACCAACUUUGAAGUAAUAAAAAUCCUAAUUAAACAUUUAACAAAUGUUUCCGCAAAAUCUGAUAAAAAUUUGAUGACUGUGAGCAAUUUAGGUGUUUGUUUCGGUCCGACUUUGCUUCGGCCAGAGGAAGAAACAGUAGCCUCAAUCAUGGAUCUGAAAUUUUAUAACAUCGUCGUUGAAAUUUUGAUCGAAAAUUACGACAAAAUUUUCAAUAGUGAGCCUGAUAAAACUCUCCCAAGCGAGAACACUUCACCUCGAAACGCUUUACCUUCAACUAACAAUUACAAACAUAUUUCCGACCAUCCAAAUUUCGGUGCUGGCGACGGUACCGAAGUUGUGUACGCGCGAACCUACAAUUCGAAUCAUUCCAAUCACGUUUCGCCGAAUUACCGACCACAAAUGACUUGUACUGUGAAGGCUUAUUACGAGGAACCUCUCACCACGAGCAUGUGUUCAAGUUUGUACAGUGUUCACGAACCAGCCAACGGUGGUUACCCUCAAAUGAGUCGGAGUGAACACAUCGGACCUAAUUGCCAACCCAUAUUACAUCAAAAAACAAUGCAACGGUUCAUACCAACAGUGUCUUCUCAGUCUGAAAGUAAUAUUCCAAAUUUACCUAGUCACAGUCCCACGUACUUCAGACCUUUCAACCGCAUUAUUUCAGUACCUAACAGUACCAGCAGUUCGAACGAAUCAGUGUCUUCGACGUCCCGCGACGGCAAUAAUUACGUCGCGACGCCUAAAAAGAGCGAAAGGUCGAGCAUCUACAUGGCUUACCCUAAAGGCUACAGGUCACCAGGUGACGUCACCCAACUGCGUAAAGAAACUAAUUAUCUAACAGCUUCUGGGAGAUCUAGUCCUUCUUUGACCCGGGUUCGGCGGGUGCGAACAUUGUAUGCGUGUUUGGGCGAACAUGACGGCGAGUUGUCUUUUGAACCGAAUCAAAUUAUAACAAACGUGAAGAGUUCUCAAGAGCCAGGUUGGUUGGAGGGGACUUUGAACGGGAAAACUGGGCUAAUACCGGAGAACUAUGUGGAAAUUUUGCCCUGACAGACCGGCUCAUUGUCGAAAAUUUCCACGAGUCUGCGUCAUGGCCUCUGCAAAGCUUUACAUUUACACAAUUCCGAUCCUGAAUUAGUACAAGAAAAUCCCCGUUUGAAUUUGCAUAGACAAAGUCUGGACAGCGGCAGAUCGUUGCUACGACAAGCGAGUACCGAGCGAAAAAGCUCGACUUGAGCAUAUCACAACUCAGAAGGUCCCAAAUUAACACCAUUUAUAUGUAUAUUUACGUGUAAAUAAGAGCAUAACCCGGUAUCCUUUUUAAUUUGUGAUUAACGCCACCUUGGAGUAAUAAAAAAACUAGAUUUUUUGUUAUGUUUUGAAUUAUUUUUAUAAAGUAUUAUACACGUUCUGUGAUAGUAAGACAGACUGGCACCUCUUAGAAGUAUGUUACAUCAGCCAUACGUAUCCUGUAUAUUGUAAAAUAAUUUUUGAUUGUAUAAUUUGUGGGUGUGUCUUGUCAUUGGUACCUUUAGAAUUGAGGGACCAUAACCCUGAAACACCAAUUGUCUCAUAUCAAUUGUGACUGCCUAAGGAAGUAAUAAUGUAAAAAUCCAAUUCAAUAGUUACCUAAUUAAAUGUAACAUUAAUUGUGUCCUUCAAUGUACAAGUCUUUAAAUUGCAUUUGUUGUUUUAGUUUAUUUAAUCCACAAACACAUUUAUUAUUUGUGAUACAACUAAGUGUGUUUACCA